AUGUCCGAUCUUAUAUUUGAAGUGUUACCGUCCGACAUUACAAAGCUCCAAAUUUUCACUUCGGUGUCGUUGGUUUGCGGUUUAGUGUUCUUUACUGCAAAAUUGAACAAGACCGUCAACUCGAUCCUCGUGUUUUGCUGGGCUUGUUUCAUCAAGCCCUUGAUUCACAAGAAAUCGGUUGAGAAAAACAAUAAAAACAACCAACAACAGAAUUUGGAGUUGUUUUACAAGAACCAAGCUCAUAUCUACGACACUACCAGAGCCGUCUUGUUGAAAGGCAGACAAGAAUGUCUCCAGUUGGCAAUUGCCCAUUUGCAAAAGAAAUCCGACUUGGUUUGGAUCGAUAUUGGAGGCGGUACUGGCUCCAACAUUGAGUUUAUGGACAGAAUCAGCAGCAUUGCCAAAAAUUUCAAAGCCGUCUACUUGGUUGACCUUUCCCCUUCCUUGUGUGAAGUUGCCAGAAACAGAUUUGCUAGCCACAACUGGGACAAUGUCCACGUGUUGGUUGCAGAUGCUUGUGAUUUUGACAUUGACUACAAGACUGCUGACUUGAUCACUUUUUCGUAUUCAUUAUCGAUGAUUCCAACGUUUAACGCGGCAAUUGACCAUGCCGUGACUAAAUUGGACAAGCAAGGUAUCAUUGCCACUGUGGACUUCGGUAUUCAGAGCAAUGACACCUCAAUGGGCAGAAUCAAUACUCUUGGCGGGUUGGUCAACAGAAACAUUCCCUGGAUCUUGCGUAAUUUCUGGAGAAUCUGGUUUGAAGCUGACCGUGUCUUUUUGGACUCGGCAAGAAGAAACUAUUUGGAGUACAAAUUCGGCACAAUCAAGUCUGUCAACUCGUACAACAAGACCUUGGGUAAGAUCCCCUACUAUAUCUGGAUCGGGUGCGACAAGUCGAGAUCCACGUCAAUCUUGAACAGGUUAAACUCGUUAGCUACCGAGUCGCCAUAUCUUGCCCCUUCGACUACUCCCAUCAACACCAAGUUGAUCAAUGCCCCCGUUUCAAAAGGCCACGAAGCUGCCAUUUCCAACUUGCAGAAAAACUUGCCCUUCCCAUCGAUGUACUACCAAAAGGAAGUGUGGAGAGUCUACUACGACGAGUUGAACCCCUUGUAUGAACAAUUUAAAAACCAAUACAUUUACGCCUUCACGUGGGAAGAUCCCAGGGAAGACCACAAUAUCUUGAAAUUCAGCAAAGACGACACCGUGUUGGCCAUCACCUCCGCGGGUGACAAUAUCUUGAGCUAUGCAACGUUACCCGACCCACCCAAGCGUAUCCACGCCGUGGACUUGAACCCAUGCCAGGGCCACUUGUUGGAAUUGAAGCUCGCAUGUUUUAGAGUAUUGACCCAAGAACAAAUCUGGAAGAUGUUUGGCGAAGGCCGCAUCGAGGGCUUUAGAGACUUGUUGAUGAACCAAUUGGCUCCCCACAUGUCCUCGCAGGCCUUCCAGUACUGGAUGGACAAGGGACCAAAAGCAUUCUCUGGUAGUGGUCUCUACGACACGGGAUCCACCAGAUGGGCAUUGAGACUCGGCAGAUUGAUUUUCAAAGCUUGCGGUGUUACCAAAUACGUCCAUGCCAUGUGCAAUGCUACUACUAUGGAAGAACAAAAGAAAAUCUGGCUUGAUCACGUUAAGCCCGCGAUGUUCAACCCCAUCGUGGGCUCAUUGUUGAUUGGUAACCCGAUAUUCCUCUGGAAGGCUUUGGGUGUGCCCGUGAACCAGGCCAAGAUGAUGGGUCCCUCGGUGAUAAACUACGUGAUUGACACUUUGGAGCCAUUGAUUGAGAGAUCGUUGAUCGUGGACGACAAUUACUUCUAUUACUUGUGUUUGAUCGGGGCAUACACCAGAACCAACUGCCCCGAUUACUUGACCACUAAAGGUUACAAGAGAUUAACUGGUGAAAAAUCCACUGAUGGCGAAGUUCCAAUUGACAAUAUUCGUUUGCACACUGACACUUUGAACGAUGUCUUUGCCAGAUUAUCGACCAAGUCCAUCACCAUUGCCAUCAUCAUGGACCACAUGGACUGGUUUGAGCCCAACGGCAAAGACGCCAUUAGCGAAAUCAGCGCCGUGAAAAAGUGUCUCGUGGAAGGCGGCAGAGUCAUGUUGAGAUCGGCUUCGCAGAACCCAUGGUACAUCAAGACUUUUGAAGAGUUGGGUUUCAAAUGUGCACCUGCUGCCACUAGAGUUAGCGGCACCAGCAUUGAUCGAGUCAAUAUGUAUGCUUCGACUUGGGUCUGUACUAAAUUGGGUGCCGGAGAAAAAGAAGAAGAAGAAGAAGAAGAAGAAGUUAGCGAAGGUGAGAUUAUUGCUGACUCGACCGAAAUUGGAAAGUUAGAUGCUGGUCGUCGUAGAAUGAGUAGCUUGAAAAUAUGA